AUGUACAAGGCAAUGCCUGCUGAUGAAUUGGAGAAACUCCAUUUGGAACCCGUGACUGAUCAUACCCCUAAACCGGAAAGCGAGAAGCUGGAAUUACGAAAAAAAUUAUCGGUGCGUGUUCUCCCAGGCUAGGGUAACGCGUUUCCCUAAGAAUUUUAGAAUGAUACUUUUUGAGAACUACGUCUUCAUACCUUUUACGAUCUACACUCAGUCACAUAAGCUAAUUUAUCAGUUCUUACACAAGUUCUUGCGAGCCAACCUUAAUUACGUUUUAUCUACCAGCUGUACCGUGAUUUCUGUCAUCUCAUUUCAGUCACGAUUGACUUUGCCUUUUGUCUGUAUCCACUGGUUGUGUUUUGUUCUCAAUGACCGUCUCGGAGUGCUGAUAUAAUUUUGCAAGUCAUUGCAUGUCCCUGCCUUAGUGGUGCAUAAUUCGUCUUUAUCAGGGCAGUCAAUUUGUUCCUACUCAUUAUGCUCUGAAUGAUACUGUUAACUAUUAGGCAGUAUACUUGGCGGCCACUUUUCACAUUACUUUUGACAAAAACAGUGAUUUUACAUAAUGUCUUGAGUUGGUUAUCAUACGCCGUUAAGAAAGACUAAGACGCAUUUUUCGCAUUACCAAUUGAUACUCGCGCACCUGACUUGCAGGGGUAGGAAACUCCAGCUCCAAGGUGAGGUUACAGUAAACUCAUAAGGCGCUUCUAUCUUGUGAACGUUUAAAAAUUCGCUUGCACACGCUCGAAAAGUGCCAUGACAGGUCUGGCUGAUAUCAUGGGUGCUGGCUUUCACACGCGCCAACUUUAAGAGAGCCUGGUAUUUAGUCAAUUUGUGAGCACGUCGGCGCGUUUCCAAGUCAUGAGCAGUAGGAUAGUUUUCAACUGGCCGUAACCGCAGAAUAAACAGUUCCUGACAAUGAAGCGGUAGUGCAUUACAGUCCGACGCUACGUUUGUACAGUGGAUAUGCUGUCUUAUAAAAUUUUGGCUGAGAUUCCAAAGUGUGUUUUCAAUUCGAAAAGAUUAUUUAAGUAGGAUUUUCAUACUAAUUACCAUGUCGCAGGAUCUUAAGAUAUCUCAAUCACGCCAGGACUCCCGUUUUCGAAGGAGCUUAUCGGCCGUUGGCUUAAGCUAUAUCCCGUAAAAUCCAGUACUUAGUAUGAAUUUCCCGAUUGAUUUUUGGCACCCUUAUCAAUUCAAAUAUAUUUCAGAAAAUAUGCACAAAAGUAUACUCCAUUAUACUCACUUGGUGGCAAAUUACGUCUUCAAGUUUUAUGUUUGAAUAAAAAGUAUCUUUCGUUUUUCAGAGACCUCGAUUCCCGAAUAAUUUUCGGCUCGACCUGUCGUGACACUCCUAUUUAGGGUUUCCGAACUGCAAGCUGCAUGUUUUUCGUGCAAGGAUAAUCAUACAUUUCUAUGCGCUAUUAUGAGAAAGAAAUUUCUUUCAAACCGAAAGCUACUCUUAAGUAUAAGAUUUGAAGAAGACGUAAUUUGCCACUCAAUGAGUGGAAGAAUAUUUGGCUACAUGUUUUCUACAAAAUAUAUUUGAAUUUAUGAGGACAUCAAAAAUCACCGGGAAAACUCAUAUUACUUAAGUUUUCUCUUUCUAGAAUGUAGUUUACGCAGGUGGUCAAUAAAAAGUUCGUUCGAAAGCCGGAGUCCUGACGUGACUGAAAUAUCUUGAUAUUAUGCGACACGAUCGUUAACACGAAUACCCUACCAAAGUAGUCUUUUCGAAUUGAAGACGCAUUUCAGAAUUUCAGCCAUCAUUUCAGGGGAUGGCACACCUACUGUACAUGGCAAAGUUUGCACGGCACCCACUAAGAUUAUCGUCGGUGUUAAGCACAUCUGAUGCACCUGGAGGGGUAGUUAGGCGUUCACCUUCGAAGUUAAGGAGCUAAUAGUGACAAUCGCUCCAUGAGACUGCCUUACGCAACGGCUGCCCGACGGUUCACCACCCCACAGUUUCAGAAUACUGGAGGGUUAUGGUCAGCGCGCUUUGGCCGAACUUCGGGAGGUUAUUAGUGCCGAAUGGCGCUUUUUCUUAUAAAAGACGGCGAAAAGAUCCAUUCAAAUCACGGCCACGCGCAGGAUUGCUUCCUAACAACAGCAACAAUAACGAGCAGCGAUAGCAGAGCGACAUCCAGGGUAGCCUAGCUGCGCACACUAUGGAUUUUUGCGUCAAUUUAAAGCGGUUUUAAUGUUCACGAUCCAAGAACGAGAUUCACGUUAAGCGGACUACGGCAUGGACGUCGUUACGCUGACCACGUCAAUGCUGAUAUGGAUCCCCGAUUAAUACCCUGACUGUCAGCAACCGACGACCGUCCAAUUUGUUAUUUUUGACUGCAAUGUUUUACUCAGCUCAACAAAAGUCCCUGUGGCCGAUCGUUAUGCUUGAUAAUGUAUCGGCUCUACCACUACUUGCAUUCUGGUCAAAAACCGUAUUCAGUCUAACAUUCGACAAGGUUUCGCUUUUUUACUCAUCCCAUUUAAUUGCUUCAUUGACUGGGUUCCUUUAAGGCCCAUGCGCAGUUUCAAUGGCGUCAAACUUGCAUCUGGACAUCGGCCUACCUGCCUGGACUAUGUUUACGAUGACGCCCUGCCUGAGUUAAGCCGUGAAGACCAGCGUGCUAUUCCUAGGGUGAGCGGGGCCUUUAAACUAGUCGAUUGAGCCACUAUACGAAGUCUACGGUUUUCACGAGCUGCUUCUCAGACCACAAGACACAUUUUGUGACUAGCAGGACUCAGCUUGGAGAAGUAGACCUUUUUAAGUAUAACCAGGCCAAGUUGUUUUUGGAUGGACGAGAAUGAACCACGUCGUCCGAAUAAAUGCUGCUCACCGAACUUUUGUCUGUCUUCAAAGGUGUAUAUUGACUCUUUGCGAUAUCUCAGUAGUUUUGACGUUCCAGCAGUAACUUAUGUGCCUGUCAUACAGACGGAAACUGGAGGUUUUCAACAACCAUUGCUUUGGAAAGAUUCUUUAAAUGAAUUAACACAAAUCUCGAAUGAGACAGUCCGCACUCACAACUAUCGCAAGAAUAUCUCAGGCCAUCCAAGAAAGAAGAUUGCUAUGGGUGACUCAGACUCCUCAACUUCCAUCCACUGGGUUCAUCGCCGAUGUCUGAUGUCGUUGCCUAGCUGGAAGCAAAGAUAAGAAGAUCAGAUUAGAACAAAGAGCUGAUAAUCGGCUUAUAUCGACGGCGGAAUUAAUGGGAGCCUUCGUCAUGCGCAUAAGUGGGGUGAAAAGCAUUCGGCCUGUUGGCUGUAGAAUACCAUUGUAUUCAUCGCCGGCCGUUCGGAAUCUUAUCGAAUGUGGCCUUUAGUCACAGCUAAUUGCACUCCGACCCCUCCACUCAAUUUACUUCUCUGUCCCUGCUCCAUUACGUUUUAGUCUUCUUUACCUCGACUUUUUCUAGGGCUGAUGCAAACUGUCGAUGGUGCAACAGUCCUUUUCUAACAAUCAACAUUAUGCAAGUAAAUUGUUAGGUUGUCACACUCUUGAACUCCGUUAACGUUUGUGCGUAUGCCGCUGAUAAUGUUAUUUAGCAAGUUUUCUUGGAUUAGACUUGCAAAUUGACAUAAUCAAAACGGGAGUUAGUGGACACUACUGCCCUCCCAGACGGUAGUGGUUCUCAUUGGGCCAAGCUACCAGGCUAAUGUACCGGUUAUACACUCGACUGGCUGUCAUAUUUUUCAUGAAGUCGACUGCGUUUGGAAGGAACACCUGGACGGCAGUACAAUUUUCGAGUCUGCUAUCUACCGCUGGACGCUGUUAUGGAUGCAAUCCUGUCAGUGUCACUAGCGUCCCUGUAUUAAUGCCCUUUAUCAGUAUAAUUGAGCUCGCCAUCUUGCGUCUCUCGGUUCGUUACCGCUUCUCCUCGAACUUGCCCAGUCAUAUGUCGCUUCCAGGCUGGUACGCUUUUUGACUGCUUCAAUUUUUUGCGAGUUAAUAAAAUUUGCUAAGCGCGCUGGAUUCCGCUUUCGACUUUUCGGAGAUUUUAUUCAUAAUUGUCAUUUCACCCAAUACUUGCAGAGUAGACUUAAUGAUGGGUUUUAUGUUCAUCUUGGGCCCUGUUGCGUUUUUUGCAUUUUCAGUUUGCACGCAAACAUGGACUGCCAAAAUCUCCACCGGUGACUGCAUACCAGGUUUACGUCGCGGAGCAACUUUCCGGAAACAAGGUACCUUUGUGUAACCUGUCUCUUUGAAAUAUGCGUAACCUGUAAACUCGAAAAGAGUUCUGCGAUAUAUUAGGUACUCCACCAAUCUGAUUUCCCGAGCAGACAUGCCUUUUACCUUAGCGAGAUUAAAUUUAAAUAAGGAAUUACUGCUUCCGGUCGCAGGCGACGGGUUGGCGAGGCUGCAGAUUGAUUGCAGAGCAUUUGAAUUGAUGACUACUGUUCAAACAGUCCCGGUUCGAACUUCAGGUUAUCCAGAUUCGGUGUUGAGGUAGGAGAGACCGAUGCCGUCCAGUAAGCCAUAAAUGACCAUUCCAGUUCCCCUAAUCUUUACCGGAGCCCGUUGCAGUUGGUAAUUUGUUUGGUAUUCAAAUUAAGUGAAAAAAAAUCAACGAACAUAAAUUGCCGUUACAGUGCUGGGUUGUGUACCCCAUUGGAGGCAUAAGGAGAAAUAAGGAAAGAGGGCUGGGUUGUUAUAACUGUCUGUAUGCACUUACCAUAUCUGGCCUAUCUCAUAAAAUGCUAGUGAAAUUCUAACAUGUUUUUUCGAUUAUGAAGGGUUAUUUUAGAACUGCGAAAAUUCCCAUAGUGAUAAUCAGACGGCGAGGUGGGAAGCAUACGUAGCUUUCAAUAAAUUCUCCUUGGGCCAGGCGCAUCCGUUUAUCAAAUUCACGUUGGAGAUGGAAACGGUCGGUUGUCUUCCUUUCUUAGAUGUUCUUCUAAGCAGGAGACCUGACGGUAGCGUCCGAAGGAGCGUCCAUCGGCAGAAAGCCAGUUUCUUACCCCUACAACAAAAAUAAAAUCUAUUCCGGUGUUUGGCACAAAGAACUACAAAAAUUUGUUCAACAGACAGCAUCGAGGAAGAGCUUAGAAAAAUCCAGGACUUGCUUCGCGAAAACGGAUAUCCUGACAGAUUUAUUGCAAGGGAAAUUGCCGAACGACCGGUGAAAUCCACCACACUGUCCGCCAAAGAGAAAACUUUGUUCCUCAAAGUCCCUUUCCAAGGGGACGCUGCUAGUGACCUAUCAAAGAGACGUUUUGAUCAAGUUGUUUCGCGAACCUUCCCGGCAGCGAGGGUUCAAAGAUUACUUUCUACCAACCCUAUUUUUCGCGGAGAAGCUAAGGAUAAGUUGCCACCUCAAUGCGCAUCUAUUCCUUUGCCAAUAAAAGCGAAGAGACGAGUCCCAGGAAGCAGUCUCGCAGCAGGAGACACGAUCGCUGGGACGAGAGCUUUAUUAGCCUGACGUUUCGGAUUUCUGCUCGAACCCAUCAUCACAGACAAAAGCUGAUACGGGUGGUUCAUGCACAAGGGGCUGCAGUAUUUAUAGGAUGCAUUCGCCAUGCUACCGCACACCUAUGAAUAUUCACGGCUCCCCCCUUCAUCAGGGAUCGUUGCACUUGGUGUGUUGACUGUUUGAUGGCCGACAUUCGCGUCGUUAAUUGCUGCAAUUUCAUCAUGUGCGUUGUAUGUUGGGACUCGUCUCUCCGCUUCUAUUGGCGGUGUAAUGAUUGCUCGACCAUCUGAUCCACCGACUCUGGCGUUGGGAAAAGUGUUCACCUGCGCGCUUCCCGCGUGGCUAAUUACUCCGCCUAGGCGAAGCCUCAGCAUGGAGUAUGGAAAGGUAAGGUCAUUGCACUUGUUAAUGGGCUGGGGGCCAGUAAACCAUGACUCAGGCAGCUCCCGGCUCACGCGAUUGUCACCUAUUGCGAGAAUUUCGGCCACGUCGAAUUUGAAUUUGUGGCCGGAUCUCGUCGAAUGAGCCGCAACUUGAGAGCUGGCCUCAUUUCUACGCACCGCUGCCGCGUGUUCCGACAUUCGCGUUCGGAGCUGUCUUCCGGUUUUUCCGACGUAGUUGCUUUGUUCACAACUGCACCAGAUCCGAUAAACGACUCCAGAAGUUUCUUGCCGUGGCAGCGGGUGUUUCGGUUUCAUUAGCUGAUGGUUGCCUCCGGUCUGUGUGCAACUCCAACCCCGAGUGGUGCGAGAAGGCGGCCGACACCUUCCGAAACGUUCUUGAUAUACGGAAGCGCUAGCCAAAAUUUAGGGUCCGUCCGGUUAGACCUUUUGUUCCUUUUGCGUAUGCACCGGUUGACGAAGUUGCGCGGGUAGCCAUUGGCUUUGAAGACCCGUCGGAGGUAUUGUAAUUCGGCAACCUUGUCUUCCGGCUCACAGCAGUGCGUUCCGACACGCCGAUAGAGUGUCCUUACACAACUGCGUUUGUGGCAGAUUGGGUGGUUGCUGUUGAAGUUCAGUACUUGCAUCGUAUUUGUCGCUCUCCUGAACGCCUUGGUUUUUGGUCCACUACAAUCUUUGUGGCAUACGUGGGCAUCCAGGAAGUCCAGCUGGUUGUUCUCUUCCUCCACCAUCGUAAAUUUUAUUUCCGGGAAGACUGCUUUCAGACGUUUCUUGAAUGUCAGCAGCUGAUCCUGGUCGAUAACGACGAAGGUAUCAGCCACAUAUCGUGCUCAGAAUUUCAGUCUGUGGUGCUGGAAGACCAGCGAUUCUAGCCGUUGCAGGACCGCCUAGGCGAUGAAUCCCGAAAUCGGCGGACCCAUUGGUGUGCCCUUCAUCUGUUCGUAGAUUGUCCCGUCGAACGUGAAGUACGUCCUGAGACAGAACUUCAGGAGCUGAAGGACUUGGGCGUGUCCAAUACGAUUCUCUGUUUAAUCGUAUUUGCUUUGUAGAAGCAGCUCGAUUGUAUCGAUUGCCAGGUUCUGGGGAAUAGAAGUAAAAAGGGAUGUAACAUCAAAAGAUACCAUGACCUCAUUUGGAUAAGGGCUUACCACUUUGAGUUUCUCCAGGAAUUGUGCUGACGAAGGGACCGUGGUGUCUGACUCAGCGGUCAGGAACUUGAUACGCCGGAACAGCCACUUAGCCAAUUCGUACUUUGGAGUACCUUUGAGCGACACAAUGAGUCGGAGAAGAGCGCCGUCUUUGUGCAACUUAGGGGGGCCAUAAAAUCGGGCCACAGCAGUAUCUUGGGGUCUCGCCAUGCGUCUGUCGGUCGGUGUUAUUGCACCUGAGUUCUCCAAGGCCAACAACGUAGCAUUAAUUUCGCGUGUCAGCGCUUUUAAAAGGUUCGUUGCGCAUGGAAUAUUGAACCGUCGGUCCUCCAGUAAUCCUUUGGCUUUUUGGAGGUCGUUUGUCCUGUCCCCUACAACCGUGGAGCACCCCUUAUCCGCUGGCACGGUGACCAAGUCUUUGUCGGCCUUGAGUUCUCUAAGCGCAUCACGUUCGACCUUGGAAAGCACUUCCCGCGACCUGUGGGCCAUUAGGAGAGACGGCACUUGGUGUCGGAUGAGGCUCUUGGUCUCCUCCGUUGCCUCCGUCUGACUAAGGACUGAUUACACUGCUGCAAUCAUGUUAACAGGUUUUUGCGUCAGCCGUGUUAAAUGAGGCUUCGUGCCGCAAUACCUGCAUCUGAUCCUCCGUUUGAUCCUUCCUUUGCUUGCUCCUGUGGAGCAGGCCAUAUUGGUCACCGGAGCCGGCGCUUCUCCAAGAGAAUACGAGAAAACCUCUCGGCAUGACUGGGAAAAGGCGAAACCAGGAGCACAAGCCACGCCAUUCUCGCGCAUGUUUUCGAUUCCGGACAUCGUGUGGACCCCAGCGAAGCUUUUCGUGUGAUUCAUAAGGUCCCAUCGAGCUAUCUUAAACCACUAGGCUGGCACUCGUUAGCAACAGCAGAAGCGGCCGCCAUCAGGUUACAAAAGCCAAUCUUGUGCGCACAGAAGAACCAAAUUCAGGCGCAGCACCUACAGUGGUCGAAGGUCGACUAACUCUGCUCCUGACACUGACUGCUGUUUUCCCCCGCCCCUCCCCCACGUUCGCACAUCUCGCCUGUGUUUUAAGACGAACUUUAGUCGAUUUCUCCUAUCACUGAUAUUUUUUUGCUUCUACCCCGAGGAGAAUUUAGCGAAAGCUACGUAUGCUCGCCACCUCGCCUCUGAUUACUGCUAUACGAAGGAUUACUUAGGUGGGUUAUAAUCGAGAAGUAGAUGCGAUCGCAGGAACAAGAGCUUUACUCGCUUGAUGUUUCGGUGGCUUAAAGACCAAGGUACCCAGGAAAGCGCCACAUUCAACGUAAGUACUGAACUUAAACAGCAACCACCCAGCUAGCCACAAACUCAGUUGUGUAGCGACGCUAUAUCGGCGUGUCAAGACUCAGUGCGGAGGACAAGGUUGUCGAACUCCAGUCGAGUGUUCAGAGGAAAUGGCUGCCCGUGCAACUUCGUCUGCCGGUGCCUGCGCAAACGUCAGGUAAUGAAACCAAAAGACACACGUCCGCGGCAAGAAACUUCUUGAGUCGUUUAUCGGAUCUGGUGCAGUUGUGGGCAAAACAACUACGUUGGAGAAACUGGAAGACUGCUUUGGACACGGGUCGCCGAAUACGCGGCAGCACUGCGGAGAAAUGACGCCAACUCCCAAGUCACGGCUCAUUCAACGGCAUCCGGUCGCACAUUCAAGUUCGAUGAUGCCGAAAUUCUCCCGAGAGGUGGUAAGAGCGUGAGCCGUCCGUUACUGGAGUCAUGGUUCACGGGACUCCAGUGCAAUGACCUCCCCGCCCCAUGUUCUAUGCUGAGAACUAGCCCCAUUGGGGAGCGCGCAGGCCGGUGAGCCAGAUGGCCGAACAACCAUCACGCCAACACCCAAUACGACCGAUGAAAUUUCGGCAAUUACCUAACGACUUGCUUGUCGGACAUCAAGCCGUUAGCGCACCAGCGGGCAACAAUUCUUAAUGGAGGGGAGAGCCGUUAAUUGUCAUAGGUAUGCAGUAGCAUAGCGACUGAAACCCUCAAAUACUGCAACCUACUAUGUAUGAAUUAUCGGUAACAAUCGGGAGAUGGCACCGAAAAGAAUCUUCCUAACCAAAGGAGCAUGUCUUACGAGACAGGUGGUAAUAGGGGUUUUAUGGGUGGUGGCUGGUCGGGAUGUACGAUACUAGCCGACGGAAAGCCUUAUUUGAACAGAUGAAUGAUUGAAGUUGGCCCGCUCUCCGUUCCGUUAUUACAAAAUGGGUCGCCAAAGGCAGUAUAGUGGUAACGGACGAGUGGAAGGCGUAUAAUCGUAUUCCCUUAGAAGGUUGUCUACAUUUCUCUGUGAACCACUCAAAGAACUUCAAGGACCCUACCACCGGACGGUACACCAAUGUCAUUGAGGCAUACUGGAGUAGACUGAAAAGGAAACUCCACGAGGGAGGCCCUGUAUGUGGUCGAGCUGUGUGGGCUCACGUAGACGAAGUACAGUACCGUCUUUGGUUUGGCCUCAAUGCCAUGUCUUUGACAGAUGCCUGGGAACUGUUCCUGUCCCAUAUUGUGCAUACUUAUCCUAUUUAAAAGUGAUUUUGUUUUGUAAUAAACUGCCAUAAUGCGAAUGUAUGCCGUAUAAUCAGGUGUGCGUGUGUAACGAUGGGGGAGGUUGGGUAACAGCGACCAUCGUCCAUGUAACCUCCUGCGAUGUUCGUUCGGCCAACCCAUGUUAGGCCGUCGGGGAAAGUCCAAUAAGUGCGUGAAAAUAGGCCUGCAGCCGCUGAUAUUAGCCUGAAGGCGUUUGAGUGCACUGUUUAAGGUAUUAUUUCUAGGUAACGGAUUUUUUGGGUGCCAUCUCCCGAUUGUUACCGAAUUAUCUGUAUCUCUAAUGUUCCCGAUGCUGGGUCCGAUCGUAAAUCCGAGACGUCAGGCGCACAAAGCUCUUGUUCUUCUCAGCUUCUUCCUGGAGCUCACAUUUUCGUUUGUAUCGGGGUUGUAACGUGGAUCAUCGUGCGACGUAAUUCCAGGAUAGUUCAGUCAAGCCUGGAUGACUGCUUUUGAAAGGGCUCCCUUCCGACUAAACGUAAGAGAUAAACUGGGUAAUAAGAUAACACCUGAGUAGUACGAAUUUUUCGACUGAUUUUUGAUGUCCCGAUAAAUUCGAAUAUAUUUCAUGGAAACCAUAAUCAAAUAUGUGGUUUCUUGUACUCAUUUUGUAGAAAACCACACCUUCAAAGUGUUUACCCAAAGAAGGGGUGUCUUUAGGUUUGAAAAAAUUUGCAAUUACGGGAUUUUUAAGAUCCUGAAAUGUCCAUUCAGACAGCGUCGCGUUUGUCUGCUUAUUAAUGCUGCUUAUGAAUUGUACAACAUGGACUACUUCUACUGUAACAUUUUAUGAGUCCUAUAUGGUAUUUACUUAAUAACACAGAGGAAAGUCCACGGCAUGCAGUUUGGAAACCCUAAGCGCAGGUGUAGCUGCAUGUUGGGUUCAAACUUAUUCGGGGAUUAGAAGGUUUUCUAAACCAAACGACACGCUUUCUUCAAGUAUAACAUCUAAAGAUGUAGUCUGUUGUGAAUGAGUGCAAGAAUACGUAUAUUUUUGCUCGUUUUUUUAACCAAAUAUAUUUUAACUUAUAAGGGCAUUGACAUUCAGUGGGAAAGCGCAUACUACCUACAGCAGGUGGGGUAAGUCAUGAAAUGUUAACCGAAAUUCCGAAAUGCGUUUUCGUUUCGAAAGGAUUAAUUAUGUAGGGUUGUAAAACUAGUCAACCUGCAACAUAAUUCUAUGAUAAUUCAGUUACCUCAGGAUGCCGGCUUUCGAAUGAACUUCCUUCCGGCUGCAUGCAAAAACUACACUGCAAAAAAUGACUACUUAUGUAGCAUGCAUUUUUCUGAUUGAUUUUCGAUGUCCAUAGAAGUCCAAUUAUAGUCCAUGAAAAACAUGCAUAAAAAUAUUCAUUCUUUCGCUCAUUCAAAAGAAAAUUACGUCUUCUUCUAAUUUUACACUCGAAGGAAGAGUAUAAUUGGGUUUUCGAAAACUUUUCCAAUUCCCGAGUAAUUUUGAACCAGUUCCAUCGCCACACGUGGAUUCAGGGUUUCCAAACCACAAGCCUUAUACUUUCCGCCUACGGAAUACCACACAUUUCUCUGCGGUAAUAAAGGGGGGCCAUAUAGGCCUCAUAAAAUUAAGCAGUGGAUUUGAUCCAUAUUGUUAACUUUACAAGCCAAAUUGGUAAAUGCAGGGAUAUGAAGAUUUAUGAACGGCCAUUUCACGGUAUGAAGUCUCACAAUUGGAAACUUUUUUAAAACCGAAUUAUGUCCCUCCUUCGAGUAUAAAAUUAGAAGAAGAGGUAAUUUUCUUUUGAAUGAGCAAAGGAAUGAAUAUUUUUAUGCAUGUUUUCCAUGAAAUAUAAUUGGACUUCUAUGGACAUCGAAAAUCAAUGAGAAAAAUGCAUGCUACAUAAGUAGUCAUUUUUUUGCAGAGUGUAGUUUUUGCAUGCAGCCGGAAGGAAGUUCAUUCGAAAGCCGGCAUCCUGAGGUAACUGAAUUAUUAUAGAAUUAUGUUGCAGGUUGACUAGUUUUACAACCCUACAUAAUUAAUCCUUUCGAAACGAAAACGCAUUUCGGAAUUUCGGUUAACAUUUCAUGAGUUACCCCACCUGCUGUAGGUAGUAUGCGCUUUCCCACUGAAUGUCAAUGCCCUUAUAAGUUAAAAUAUAUUUUAUUAAAAAAACGAGCAAAAAGAUACUUAUUCUUGCACUCAUUCGCAGCAGACUACAUCUUUCGAUGUUAUACUUGAAGAAAGCGUGUCUUUUGGUUUAGAAAACCGUCUAAUACCCGAAUAUGUUUGAAUGUAGGUUUGGAUGAGGUCGCCGCGCAGUUGCCUGUAAUUGAGAGAAACAAGUGUAGUUUUUGUCAAAGUUGAAAGGCGUCAGUGAUUCCCUUGCCUUAGCCCACUUUUUAACGUUGACGCUCUGACCUCGGUCCAGGCGGAGGUUUUCUGACUGACAUCCUUACUUCCAUAAUCUUCAGCAUGAAAAGUAACUGCCGCCUACUCGAUGCACCUAUGCAUCGGUCGUUUCGGGGGUGAAUAUCUCUCCACGGGACUGCUCUGUAAACCGAACAUACUUGUGUCUGUUAAUAUAAUCACCUUCAUUGGAUGAGCGCAGAGCCGUCCGAGCUAAUGAUUGGCCAUACGGCGUUACUUUACGAGCACUCAUUUUAACCUGUCUUUUAAAGGGUGUUCGGCUGGUCAUCACUUAGGUACUUUAGAAGACGCUCUGACACGUCCUAUUUCGGUAAGUCUCCUGGGCCUUAACUAAACCCUUCGAUUAUUUGUUGUCAUUGUUUUGAUGUUCGUUAGGCCGAAGGAGGACUAAGGAAUGUCAAUUUUUUAGCCACGACGUUUAGCUCUUCGUGACAGUUUGAUAGUAUUCAACUAUUUAUUCUUGCCUGCUAAAACCACGCUCGGUACAAAGUGGCCACUUAAGCAGCACUACUUCAUCCCAUCACUCUCUGAUUUCAUUUUGAAUCUAAAUAAAAAACGUGCACCAAGGUACUCUUUCUUGCACUCAUUUUGUAGCAACUUACUUCCUCUCAUUUUGUUCUCGAAGACCGCGCAUUUUUCGGUUUUAAAAGGGGUUUUUCGAUUCUCGAAUAAUUUUAAACGCUAUCUGCAGUUGUACUGGUGCUAAGGACAUGCUGUAUACUUUCCGUGUAAGGAAGAUCAUACAUUUCAAUACGCCAUCACGCCCUAUAGGGUAUAUAAAAUUUUACAAUAAUGUGGACCCUUCUGUAUGCGUCAUAAGCAGCAUUAAUAGAGGGACAGAUAUGAUGCUAUUUGAAUGGACAUUUCACAAUCUUAAACAUCUCACAAAAUGCAUACAUUUUUAAAUCAAAAGUUUACAAAUUUAAUUUAUCGCCAAAUCAACGCAAAAAGCGUAUUUUAUGUUUGAUUUCUAUGAAAGUGCAUCAAAAAUCAGUGGAAAAACCGUAGCACUACCCGAAUAGUCCUUUUUUUACCGCGUGCUACCGGCCUGAAAAGGGCGCUUUCAAAAGCCGGCAUUCUGGGGGUGUGACUGAACUAUCCUAGGAUUUGGACGCACGAUAAUAUUACACUCCUACCAUAGGGAUCCUGUCGGGUCGAAAACACGUUUCAGAAUUUCCGUUAUCGUUUUAUUGGGUGCGUCGGCCACCGCAUGUAUAACAAUGAGGCUAAUGUGCGCGUUCACGGUCGGUUGUAGCCAGACUCGAACACUGUUGUCUGCGCAGGGCGAGUCAUAACUUGCGUAGGAGUCAGAGUAUUUAAUAACUGUUUAAGUUGGUUUUUAUCGGACGACAUAGCUAAUUGCGCGUCCCUCGAGUCGUUCCUCGUUUGACACCUCAGGAAUUCCGGCCCCUCCGAUUGGCACAACGUCCCUUCUGUCCUUGACCUCCAUCCAGGAUGGUUACUGGCUUGCUUGUGCAUACUGGCUCCUCCGGAUAUUCGCACACACACACGAAAAAAUCAUUCUAUGACGAGCAGACUGUGGAAUUCCUGAUUUCCCGGGAACGGUUCGUCCUUGUCAAAUCAUUUCUGAGAUUCCCGCAAUUGGACUGGUAGUGUGGAACGUAGCUCGAGAUUUGCAGAAAGCACACUUCUGGAGUAUCGAGCAGCUCUGGAACUACGACAAUCUCGAUCUGCGUCUGUUGGCGUCUUAUGAGAAGUGGAAACCCAGUUAAGCCUGGAGCCGUAACCGCACACUCUACUGUGCAAUGGACAGAGCGCGCUGGGCGCCGAUGAAUACGUCCUGAAUUACCACUCACCCCAGGAUCGGGGCAUUCAUAGUUUAUAAACCCACUUAGAUUGAAAUGAACUCAAUUGUCCAAUUUGACGCAACCAAUAGACCCAUCCAUAUUGACAGUCGUUUUUGGCAAUACAGCUUUCCUUUGAAGACGCUAGAGGUUGUCUUUGGAUUUCCGUUGAUGUGCCAGUUGGAUCCAUGCGGGAGAACAGAUGCAAAACAGUCACCAGUAUUCGUUGGUAGGCCAACUGGUGGAAUAAAGCGUUUUCUGGCGAAAGUUUCGGGGUCUUCUGCCAUACCAGUCCUUACAAGCUAUGCGGUGGCAUUAGGGCCGUUGGUUCGCAGUUUCCUUUGCCGAGACUGACGCACGAGAGCUCCUCGUUACUCAGACCAUGCAAACAGACAAUAUAGCAUAAAUUCAGUUACAAGAUGUCGACGACACACCUCUUGCAUUAAAACAAUUACCUUUUAGGCCGCAUAAUACAAUUCAGUAAUUUUAAUCCGUCCCUCCGAUGUGAAUUAAGGAAGGUGACCUCCAAACUCUAAAACGGAAGUUGAAAGGUUGAUUGAAAUCUAAAUUGUCCAUUUCUAAAGUCCCUAUACUACUUACGACCCACUCUAUACUUGUACUAACAACUCGUCUGGUGUUCUUUGGGGUACAUACAUACAGAUGGGUAGCCCUUUCUAAGUUUCGAAGUUUUGCACAGAAUAGACCGAUUUUGUUUUCUAUCUUAGGGCACUUCUUUAAAUGCGAUGGCCUCAAAGUUCGUCGAGACCUCCAAGUCUUGGAAUCUUCUUUCAGAGCAGUCCAAAGAGGUAAUUUCGACGUCGACGGCUUCUGUGCCUGAGAUAAAAUGUUUACUUGCUACUAAUUGGGUAGUACGUUUUGUCUGCGCAUAACGGAUUUUUAUCUCCUGUCCAGAAGUACAUUCAGCAGGCAAUGGAGAACAGGCUGACCUUCCUCCGAGCGCUUAAAAAGUGGGCUGACGAAAAGGAGAUCCAAUUCUCCAAGCGAGUGUCAGUCCUUUCGAGCCGGUUGUAUGCUAAACACCAGCGUCUAGAGGCGAAGGCGAAGCGUUUGGCGGAAGGGAAGGCAACCCCCCGGAGUUAA